AUCAGGGAAUACAAUGGGCAGAUGCAGGGAAUUACCAGUGUGGGAUUUGCAUCUUUGACAUUUGAUGGAACUGUAGGAGCACCAGUAGUUCCUCGAACCUCUAGCAAAGUGUACACUUUCAUGGAUGAAGAACAGAAAACAAUAGAAGAAUUACGUGUUUGGGCAGCCAGUAAUCUUUCCAUCUCUGGACCAGCAGCAAAAUUGUCUGGUGUUCAGCCAAUGCUGUUCUUUGAUCUCACUUGCCAGCUGGUAGGAAAAGCAAAAGUGGAUGGAUCUUCUUUUCUUCUAAAGGUGUGGGAUGGCACAAAAUGUCCCUACCCAACAUGGAAGGUGCCUGUGGAAGCAGGAGACCUGGAAGGAGAAAAAGUUGUUCUUCAUCAGCUGCGAAAUCUAACGGUGGACAUUCUAGUCUAUGAUAACCAUGUACAACUGGCAAAAUCACUUAAGAUUGGAAGUUUUCUGAGAAUUUACAGUAUUCAUACGAAACAAGCAAGUGCUGACAAUGAUGUCUCUCACAUAGAAUUUCAUCUUCAUGGUGGCACCUGUUAUGGUCGAGGAAUAGGAGUCUUGCCAGAAAGUAACCCGGAUGUUAAGGAACUAAAAGCAUUCUUAGAAUCUGUGGAGCUGGCAGACAGUCAGAGUAUGGAUAGCAUGUCUUCAGUGGAAUUAGACGGCACUUUUAACAGCAUUGCAGAUAUUGAAUCACAUUUACAGAGAUGUCAGCAGUUACCUGUUACAGUAUUAACAGACCAUCAGGAUUUGAAUAACACAGAACUGAAAACCGUUCUGAACAGCAUGGCUCCUCAACAGUAUCGCAUUAGAGCAAAGCUCAGGAGUUACAAACCCCAGAAGCUCUAUCAGUCUAUUAAACUUCAUUGUUCCAAAUGCAAUUCUUUGCAAGAAGUUCCAGAUGGAGAUGACUUUGACCUUAUUUUACAAGGCUCUGCCGUUACUGCCCCAAACCCAGAAUUGUGCAAUGCAUCCUGGUAUGAUUCUGUAACGUGGACUGCACAAGACCAGAAACAAAGGAAAAUAGCUAUCCAUUUUGUAAAGCAUGAUGAAAUGCUUCAACAGCCUGAAGAUACUUUGCUUAUGAUAGAAGGUGGAACACUAAAAGAAGUCUGGAAGCUUACAAAAAGAUUUAAAUGUGUUAUUCCUGUGAGAUCCACAGAAGAUGAUCUUGAAUUAUUAGAUCUUUCAGCCCCUUUUCUUUUACAAGGAAACAUAAAAUAUUAUGGGUGCAAGCAGUGUUCAACUCCAAAGCCUAUCAAGAGUCUAAGUUCCUUUGCAGCAGAACAAGGACCAUCAUGGGAACCAACUGAAAUAGCACAAGUUUUAGGUAUUGAGCUGCUCCAGUAUGUUUUUAUUAUGAAGUUUACACUGGUUGAUGGAACAGGAGCGCUAAAUGCAUACCUUUUUGAUUAUGAAAAGUUUUUCCAAAUUCCUGCCUCUGAAAUCUUAACUAACAAUUUUCUUCAGCAGAAGAUGCAGAUGACCAUGGAUACACUCUGUCCUCCAGGAAGAAAAUUAGAUGACUUGCCAUGGCUGGAAUGCUUCAUCAAGUCCUACAAUGUCAGAGACGCGAUGAAACAUCAAGUUUAUUACCAAAUUUUCGACACUACGGUUGCUGAAGAUGUUGUAUAG